AUGAUUCACUCUGCCUCCUCGUCUUGCGCCGAUUCCUGGAGCACGGAGUACGUCGACCGAGAUGAUGUUGAGAUGGACAACAGCUGGGAGCAAGGCUCGGACGACAUUCUCACAAUCCCGAAGCUGGAACCCAUCGAAGAUGACAUCAAUAUGGACGACCUCAAAGCUGCCCCCCUUGCAUCAGCUUCCAUCGAAUCCGCAAGCACCGAUCCGAAGCCGAAACGGCCACGAGGACGACCAAGAAAGCACCCCCUGGCAACCGCUGUAAGCACAAGUAAAGUUACGAAAGGUCGAUCGAAGACUGGUUGCAUUACUUGCCGUAAACGCAAGAAGAAGUGUGAUGAAGCUAAACCACGAUGCAUGAAUUGUGAGAAGAACGCUGUCGUCUGCGAGGGUUAUCAUGAGAAACAGAUAUGGAAAAGUGGCAAAGAAAAGACCGAAGAAGCGCUUGCGCCAGAAGUCAUUGCCAGUGAUCACCAUGCAGCCUAUAUUUCAUGGCGUGGAAACAGUGGAGGACAAGGUAUUCUGGAAACACUACGUUACCAAUCUGAGCAAUAUCCUAACCGUCGAAGGCGAGGCAAAGAAUGCUUUCAAGGACAUCAUUCUUCACCUUGCCAAUCAACAUCAAGGGCUGAUGCACUCUAUUUUGGCUGUCAGCAGCAAACAUAUUGACUGGGACACUCCAUAUGGUGCCAAGCUCUUAGCAGAUCAUCCCCAAUCAAACAGAGAAGCAUUGCAACAACGAGCAGAUUAUCACCACGACGAAUCCAUGAAACGACUCUACGAGGAUAUGGGUCGACCCUUGAAUAAAGAUGAUCCCGAGUAUAAGACUAUUCUAUCUGCACGAUAUGGACAGAUGCUCUGUUUGCUUCUUCAGACCAGAGCAGAUGGAAACCCUCGAGGUGAACACCGAGUUCACCUUCAAGCUUAUCAGACUUUGAUUCAACAUUCACCUCCUGAGGACCCAGUAUUCUAUAGUUUCAUUACCGAGUUCUUUCAGUACCAUAUCUUUGCCGACGAUCUCUUCUGGCAUCCCGAAAACAUGACAGCCCGAUUAUCAUCAGAAGACUGGGAGCCUGCCGACCCAAUCCAACCACCUCGAUUAUUGGGUGUCAGCGAUGGUCUCUUCCAGUACCUUUCCCAGAUCACGACCAUUCGAAAUACGAUCCGAGCCAAUAUAGCAGCUGCCGUAGACCCAGUCGUGGACUAUACCAGCUUAUACCAGGCUGCUGAAAUAGAUGCAGCCAUCCGUGAGUGGACGCCGAAUUGGCCAUGGGGCGACAGUCGUGAUCGAGUCGGGCUCCUUUACAAGCAAAUGAUGUGGGUAUAUCUUUUCCGGACUAUCUACCCACCUUCGGUCUCCUCGAUGCGCCGUUCGACGUUUAGCACAUUACCGAUUGCAGCUUCAGCUUCGGUUGCGCGUCCACCACCACCGCCACUCAGACGGGCCUCCAUGAUGGCCACAGUAUCAGGGGCCAAUGGAACCACCGGGGUUUCAGACGUUCACGUGGCUAGCAGCUGUCCAACAUCACGCAAUCCUUCAAGAACCAGUUCCAUGCACGAACAGGACUCAUCAUGUCAAGAGAGAGCAUCUUCACCACCACCAACCCGAAGACCGGCGUAUCACGAUCGCCGUAUCACCCUUGCUGUCGAAGAGUCGCUAUCCCUUCUAGAGUCUUUCAAGCCUUCCGACCCUUCCCAGACCUUGCUCCUGAUACCUUGCCUCAUUAUUGGCACCGCCUGCUUCGAAAAGGCUCAACAAGAACGUGUCCGCAAAGCUGUUAGGGCUGUUCGCGGCUACACAGGUCUUCGUAACUGUGAGCGUGUCAUGGAACUGCUUGAAAAAGUAUGGGCCUUGAUGGAACAAGGUGACUGGAUCUCUGUAUGGGACUGGCAGGGCAUCGCCCGUCGGAUGCGACUGGACUUUACCUGUGCCUGA